AUGUCACGGCUCAUUAACUUCCCAUCAGAGCUCCUCAUACUCGUAUACAGUUUUCUAGACAAUAUCGAUGAUGCCCUUCACCUUGCGCGUACAUGCAAGUUCAUGUACAAUGUACUCGAUACUCCAGGCCGUCGUCUAGACAUUUUCUCAAAGAUUAUCAUGGCAAUCAAUGUUGACAAGAUAAUCAAGCAAAAUGGCGACCAUCACAGAUACGACCUACGACUUCACGCCACCGAAACCAUAUGCACAAACUUCAGGAACGAGCACUACAAUACCUCUGACUUACCGUCGAUCUCUGACCGUCCCUUAUUUCCGACUGAGUUUCUGGUACCAGAUACUAACACUCUAUACAAAAAACUUGACCCUGACACCGUCUGGUCCAUAAUCUCUCGCUGGCACGCUCUAAAACUACUCUUCAGUCUCUACUUUGACUCGACAAUCCGCCCCUCCUAUCUCCGGUCCGUAUUCUGGCAACGACCAGAUUGUCAACAUAGCCGCUGGCAAAAAGCAGUCGACUACGAAAUCCCUCUCGAACCCCCAUCUGGUCAAACAUGCACAACUCUACGCGAUAUGUCCAGCACAGAUAAAGCAGAAGCAUACACACGCUUCUACCGCGCCAUCACCUCGCACUGGCUACACAUAAACCUAACCUGGCUUGCUGGAAUAUCCAAAUACCCAGACAGACCAUCCUGCGACUCAACCUUUUCUCAAAUCGACAGUCUAUGGUACAACGACCGCGAACGCGCCACCUUGAUCCAAAAACUUGAAGCAAUCGAAGUAACAGAUUUCAUCUGGGGAUUCCUUGCACGCAAGAUUUUUGCUGAUCCAGACCAAAUCGACUCAUGGAUCUCUUCUCCGGGGCAUCUGGACAAUGAAACUAUUCUCUGGGACGUUCCACUGGAUGCAUCCAGUUUUGCGCGUUUGGUCCGGAUAGCAACAUUUUAUCUCCCACCGCCGCAUAUCAUUGAGCUGUUAGUUGAUAUGUGGGCAUCCCCAGAACCAGGCGGCAGACUAAAUAAACGAGACUAUAUCCAAAAACUAGGCUUCUUCGACACGAAACACGGCGUCCUAGAACAAGACGGAGAACAAGUCAUUGUUUUCAGUUGGUUUUCGACCGAAAUCAUGUUUAUGAUUGAAUGGGUGGGGGUGGAUUGGACAUUGAAAGAUAAAGGUAUAUCCUUACAGCUGGGGAUGAUGAGCAGUGUUGAUGAUCCAUUGGUAUAUACCCAAUGGCGACGGUACAGAGUAUCGCGAUGGAUUGAUGAUUUUAGAGGGAAGUGUAUUCUCUUCCCGGAAACAGAGGAGGAGAUUAUCAAGCGGAUUGAGCAAAACCAGCCGCCAUCUAUCCAACCUUGGUAG